AUGGCUACCGAUCAAGAAGUGGCCACUGCGCUCAAGGUGCAGGGAAACCAGGCCUUUGCUCAGCACGACUGGCCUGUCGCAGUCGAUUUUUAUAGCCAGGCUAUUGCCAAAUUUGACAAGGAUCCAUCCUUCUUCUGCAACCGGGCCCAGGCUCAAAUUAAGCUUGAAGCCUUCGGCUUUGCUAUUGCGGAUGCCACCAAGGCAAUCGAAUUAGAUCCCAACUAUGUGAAGGCCUACUGGAGACGUGCCCUCGCCAAUACUGCCAUUCUAAGCUACAAGGAGGCCUUGAAAGACUUCAAGGCCGUGGUUAGACGCGAACCGGCCAAUCACAAUGCCAAGUUGAAGGCUGCCGAGUGUGAGAAGCUCGUGCGCCGUAGAGAUUUCGAGCGGGCCAUUGAGGUCUCAGACCCGCCUUCUGCUUUUGCAGACUUGGACAUCGAUGCUAUCAAUGUUGAGGACAGUUAUGAUGGUGUGCGCCUUGGUGAGGAAAUGUCGCAGGAGUUCAUCGAUGAUAUGAUUGAGCGCUUUAAGAAUGGAAAGAAGAUCCAUCGCAAAUAUGUCUUCCAGAUCGUCAAGGCUGUUAAGGAUCUUGUAUACAACGAGCCUACGAUGGUGGAAAUCGGCGUGGAAUCGGGCAAGAAGCUGACAGUCUGCGGUGAUACGCACGGCCAAUACUUUGAUUUGCUCGAGAUCUUCCGACGAAACGGCGCCCCCUCCGAUACCCACGCUUACCUCUUCAACGGUGACUUUGUUGACCGUGGCUCCUGGUCCUGCGAAAUCGCACUGCUGCUCUAUGCAUACAAGUGGUUGCGUCCCAACGGUCUUUUCCUUAACCGUGGAAACCACGAGACGGAUGAUAUGAAUAAGGUCUACGGCUUCGAAGGCGAGUGCAAGGCUAAAUAUAACGAGCGUGUCUUCAAGGUGUUCUCCGAGUCCUUCUCGGCUCUGCCGCUGGCCACCUUGAUUGGUGACAAGUACCUUGUCCUGCAUGGUGGUCUCUUCUCCGACGACAAGAUCAAGUUAGAUGAUAUCCGCAAGCUCAACCGUCACAACCAACGGCAGCCUGGCCAAGCGGGCCUGAUGAUGGAGAUGCUCUGGACAGACCCGCAGACCGAGGCUGGCCGCGGCCCCAGCAAGCGUGGUGUCGGUCUCCAAUUUGGCCCUGAUGUGACUAAGCGCUUCUGUGAAAACAACGGCCUGGAGGCUAUCAUUCGCUCCCACGAGGUGCGGAUGGGCGGUUACGAGGUUGAACACGAUGGUCGUUGCAUCACCGUCUUUUCUGCUCCCAAGUACUGCGAUGCAACUGAAAAUAAGGGUGCUUACAUCAACAUCGGCCCUGAACUCAAGCUUGCAUAUGAAGUGUUUGAGGCAGUGCCACACCCCGAUAUCAAACCGAUGGCAUACGCGAAUAACUCUAUUCUUUCGGGGAUAGCAGUCAUGGAAUUCGAUCCUAAGACCCCCCAAUACCUCACCUCCGACAAGUCGAGCUUCGCCUCGGUCUCGGCUAAAGACCGCUGGCCUGUCAUCAUCACUGGCGCUAUUGAUGACCUUCACCGCACUGUUUUAGGUGUCAAUGACGACGAGAAGGCAAAUGAGGGCAAGAGCAUUAUUGCCAACUUGGCCAAACUGAAGUAUGAGCUUCAGCAUGACAGACGACUCAUUCCCCUGGAUGAUGACGGACAUCCAGAUAUCGCUUCGUACAACAAGGAGUUGGAGGAGCGCGGAAACCCCCACUGGCACGAUGUGGCCUGGCUUUAUGCAGAGUGUUACCUCUACCGCCGCAUGGAAGCCAUGUUCGCGUUGUCCGAACGUUGGAAGGGCUAUGACGUAUUCGCUCGCCAGAAGAUGGAUACAUUCAAGUCGUCUCGUCCCGCCGUACUAGAACUCGCUGGGAGAUACCGUGAAUUAGCGAUAGAGGCGGAGUCGGGAAAAUCAAGAGAAAACAAGUCACCAGAGGAAAUCGAGCAGGCAGAGAAGCUUCUUUUCUCGGAGAUGUGCGAGAUCUGCUUAUGGGGUAAUGCCACCGAUUUGUCACUUCUGACAUCUCUCACCUACGAGGAUAUCCAGAAACUACAGGGCUCCGAGGCGCGCAAAGCAUCGCAGAAAAACAUCAUUGUCAACGACCUCGAUGCUGCUUUCGAGGCAAUGCAAAGGGCGCGGAGAGAGAAGAAAGAUGGCGAGCGCCGCGUCGACAUCGUCCUAGACAAUUCUGGAUUUGAGCUAUUCGUUGACCUAAUUCUUGCUGGAUACUUGCUGUCCGCCGGAUUGGCGACCAGCGUCGUGCUACACCCCAAGCGCAUGCCGUGGUUCGUGUCAGAUGUCACGCCGAAGGACUUCUCCGACCUUCUCAACAGCAUGGUCGACCCGCAGGCCUUUUACACAGCUGCAGAUGACUCGGGCAAGACAUUCCCUCCUCUUUCCGAGAAGGAGGUCUCCAACGUGCAAUUCCUCUUUGAGCAGUGGAGCCAGUUCCACCAGGAUGGUAAACUGAUCCUGCGCCCGCACGCUUUCUGGACCACCCAGGGCGGUUACUGGCGCAUGCCAUCCGUGGCACCGGAGCUGUUCGAAGAUUUGAAGGAGAGCGAGCUUGUUUUGUUCAAGGGUGACCUGAACUAUCGGAAGUUGGUCAAUGAUGCCCAAUGGGACCCCACCACUCUUUUCACAGAAGCUAUCGGCCCGCUUGGCCCCAAAUCCGGGAUCCGUCUUCUAGCCUUCCGUACUUGCAAAGCUGAUCCCGUUGUCGGUCUCCCCGCUGGAAUGGAUGAGAAGCUCCGCGCAUUGCCUGGAGGCGGCGGCUCCGAGUCUCGCAAGUGGGCCUGGAGCGGGAAAUGGGCCGUCGUGUCGCUUUCUGACGGCAAGGCCUGA